UCUGGCUGGCGUGAUGCGUAUAAGAACGGACAACGGCAGUCGUGCGGUAGUUGCUUGCCGGUUGUUCCUCGGGUAGUACAUGGUGUGAGCUUCACGGUUGGUUGACGCAGUCUUUGAAGUGAGAGCUUGACAGCACAUCCACCAUGGGCAAAGACUUGUAUAAUCCGGACCCAUCUCUGUCCCGAAAAUCAUAUAUUAACUCCAUGAAUCAAUACCGAGACAUGUACAAACGUUCAAUCGAUAAUCCGGACGAAUUUUGGAGCGACGUUGCCAAGCAAUUUCAUUGGGAGACACCGGUUUCGACAGAAAAAUUUUAUUCGUACAACUUUGAUAUCUCCAAAGGACCAAUUUUCAUAAAAUGGAUGGAAGGAGCCACUACAAAUAUAAGUUACAACGUUUUGGACAGAAAUGUAAAAAAUGGCUUGGGAGACAAGAUCGCCUUUUACUGGGAGGGUAAUGAUCCUGAUGACUACAGCAGAUUAACUUACCGUAAAUUAUUGGAAGAAGUAUGUAGGUUUGCCAAUGUAUUGAAAUCAAAAGGCGUUACAAAAGGGGAUCGUGUAGCACUUUAUAUGCCUAUGAUUUUGGAAUUGGUGAUUGCAAUGUUGGCCUGUGCUCGUAUUGGAGCAGUUCAUUCUAUAGUUUUUGCUGGUUACUCUUCUGAUUCUCUGGCAGAACGCAUGUUGGAUUCCAAAUCAAAAGUCUUAGUCACAGCAGAUGGAGUAUGGAGGGGUGAGAAGCUUCUUUGUUUGAAGGAAAUAUGUGAUGCAGGUAUGGAUAGGUGCAAGAAAUUUGGCCACGAAGUUGAAUCAUGCAUAGUGGUGAGACAUCUGCCACGUUUGAGUGGUUUUCAGAAUCGAAAUGGUGUAACUGAAAGUAACAAUUCUUCUCCAGAGAAGCGAAAAGCUUAUGAUAGUAAGCAAAUUCCUUGGAAUGAUGAUAGAGAUGCUUGGUGGCAUGAUGAAAUGGAGGAAGCAUCAUCAUCUUGUUACCCAGUUUGGAUGGAAGCAGAAGAUCCUUUGUUCAUGUUGUAUACAAGUGGAUCAACUGGUAAACCCAAGGGAGUGCUACAUACUACUGCAGGAUAUUUACUAUAUGCUGCAACCACUUUUAAAUAUGUGUUUGAUUAUCAUCCUGGGGAUGUAUAUUGGUGUACAGCUGAUGUUGGUUGGAUUACUGGACAUACAUAUGUUGUAUAUGGUCCCCUAGCAAAUGGAGCUACUUCUGUAAUGUUUGAGGGCACUCCAUUUUAUCCAUCAAAUGACAGAUUUUGGCAUGUUAUUGAUAAAUAUAGGGUGAAUCAAUUCUACACUGCACCAACUGCAAUUAGGGCUCUAAUGAAAUUUGGAGAAGAACCAGUCAAAAAGCAUAGUCUGAAAUCAUUGCAAGUACUGGGGUCUGUGGGAGAACCAAUUAACCCUGAAGCAUGGCUAUGGUAUCACAAGGUAGUUGGUCAUGAAAAAUGUUCAAUUGUCGAUACGUUUUGGCAAACUGAAACUGGAGGACAUGUUCUGACCCCACUGCCUGGUUGCACACCAAUGAAACCGGGUUCUGCUACAUUCCCAUUCUUUGGAGUCUUGCCAGUGUUGUUGGAUGAGAAUGGAAAAGAGAUCAAUGGUCCUGGUGAAGGUUAUCUUGUAUUCCGAAGACCGUGGCCAGGUAUAAUGAGGUCUUUGUUUGGAAAUCAUGAAAGAUUUGAAACCACAUAUUUUAAGAAGUUUCCUGGAUAUUACUGCACAGGAGAUGGUGCUCGAAGGGACAGUGAUGGUUAUUUAUGGGUGACUGGUCGAGUUGAUGACAUGUUGAAUGUUUCGGGACAUUUGUUGAGUACUGCUGAAGUGGAAUCAGCCCUUGUUGAACAUCCUUCAGUUGCUGAAGCAGCAGUUGUUUCACAUGCCCAUCCAGUAAAAGGAGAAUGUUUGUAUUGUUUUGUUACUCCAAAUGAAGUUCGAGAAAAGAUCGGCCCUUUUGCUGCCCCAGAGGUCAUUCAGCAUGCACCAGCUCUCCCUAAAACACGCUCUGGGAAGAUCAUGAGGAGAGUUCUUCGAAAAAUUGCUCAAAAUGAUAGAGAUAUUGGUGAUAUCUCAACAUUAGCUGAUGAGAGCAUAGUUGAAAUCUUAUUUCAGAAUCGACCUACAGGAUUAAACUUCUAAGAAAGCUUUUCUGCAAGUUACUGGCACAAAAUAUGCCUCCAACUCUUCUUGAAGCAGUAUUUGUAGAGAUAUGAAUAUACAUACACAUAUACAUAUACACUGUGUAUAUAUGUAUUUAUAUGUAUAUAGACCUACACACAUUAUAUGUGAAAGUUGUAUGUAUAGAUGUGUUUUGGUUGUGUUGAAAGAAUAAAUUUAAAAAUUGAUUGUUAAUGUUGAAUAUUCAAUUACACUACUUGGCAAUACUGAUCAUAACCCCGCAUUAGAGUAAAUCUUAGGAGCUCCAAUAAUACUAUAUUAUUGCUAAUUGAUCAACGGUCAUCCUCUAGUUUUAUUUCUUAUUUGAAUACUUUGAGCUCUUUCCUCAGAAAAUGCUUCAUGGUCCUUUUAUAAUGUAUGUUUGUUCGCUACAAAAUGUAUAUCGUGGUUAAAUUAUAUAUGCUGAUUGUAGAAAUGGGAUGGAAGAAAUGAUUAGAUGUAUUGCUGUAACUAUACGUACAAAACACAUGAUAAAUGUCAAACAUAAAUUAUUAAAUUAUAAGACACACAAUUAUAUGGUUGGUUUCUUUAUAACAGAGUUUAUCUUGUGCAAAAAUUGAGGAAAACCUUUUCAUAAGGUGCAUUUCCUUGAAGAUAGAAAUCGCAUUUGGUGAAUAGAAUCACGAUACUGAUGUAUCACUAUCUAGUCUCUAUACCAUUUGCAUUUGCAUUUUGCAUCCCAUCCAUUUGCACUGUACGCAGUUGUGCAGAAACGUUACAUAUCAUUCCAUCAGGAACAUGUUGACUCAUGAUAACGAAUAGAAGGAUAAGUUUUAAAAGUGUUAGAAGACACAAUGUAUUAUAACAGAUUUCUUGUUGGAAUAAAAACGUCCAGAGCAGAAAUAUUUUACUAAAAAAAAUACACUGAAUUUGAGAUUACACAGUUGUGCUUUGGAAGUUUCUUAUUUUAUUAAUGUUUUACUUUGUGGCAAAUGUUGUGAGAAAAUAAUAAAAUAUUUUACCAUGUAAGUGAAUGUUAAUUUAUUUAUAUAUUUUGCUACCCGUUUAUAUAUUUUGAUACCAUAUUAUGCUUAUGCUUGUGUUAUGGCUAUUUGAAUCUCUAGCACAUAAUAUUUUGAAUAGUUAAAAUUCAGACCUGAAGCUCUUCAAAUACCUAUUAAGAUUUUUUCUGCAUGUUCUAAUGAUGCAACAGCUUCUUUAAAAGCUUUACAAAUUUCUAUGUCUUUCAUUGAGAUCUUUUCAUGUUACACUGUAAGUUGUAUGUGCUGCAUGCAUGUCUCCAUUUGAGUAUGUAACUCUCUGCUGUGAGAAUUAUAUAUUUUUCAACCUGAUAAUUCCCUUAUAUUUGGGAACUCUAUCUGUAUAUAAUCUUUACAUGAGAGAGAAAUGAAUCUUUUCUUGUCUUGUUUAUUUGGUUGUUUUUUUUCUUCUUCUGAGAAUUACAAUCUCGAGUUAAAUGCAUUACAUUUUGCUUCAGCUUUCAAGAAGUUUAGCGUUUGUAUGAAAAAAGAAUUUUCUGUGAACAUUUAAAACUUGUUGUCUCUUUCAAAUUGACCUUUUAACUUAAAUUGAUUAUUUGAAGUGAAGUGACAAUCUCACUGCACAUUCAUCUUUACCUAGGAAGAAGUAGAAGAUGAGGAGAGGAACAGAGGAAUCUCUUCAGAUCUUCUAAAGGCCAUAAAAUUUGGCUGAGUCUUGUGCCUGUCCUUUAAUACAUAUCAAUGCAGAAGACUGGCCUCCCAAAAGGCUUUCCAAAUUUCAUAUCAAUUCUAUAUUGCUGACUGUUAUUCAAGGGAUCCAAGCCUCAAGGGAUUUUUCAUGGCAAAAUUUGUUUUACAUGAGAAGCUACUAUCUUUUGAAACUUAAUCAUUCCAUUUGCUGGUUUAUCUUCACUGUUUAUUAGGUAAUAUUAAAAGAUUACAUCUCCUGUAUUGAACCCAAUUUGUCAUGAUGUAUGAUUCAGCAAGGUGCAUUUUUAAUAGGAUGAAUCUCAAAACAUGUCAGAGCAGAAAUUGUUAACCUACCUAAUUAUAAGUGUAAUGUAUACAGAGGUUUAUGAGUAUGUUAAUGAAAAGAAAAUACAUAAAAUUUUCAAAAUAAUAAUUUAUGUAUUACUGAAUGUUAUUAUUGUUAUCUUAGUUGUCGCAAUAAAAAAUGCUUCUUUUAUACUUUUUUUAAUUAGAUAUAUUCCAGCUUUUAGAAUAAACAGUUCAGAAGUGA